AUGGCGGCGGCAAUUGCUGUCACCACGGACGCUCCGCUGGGGGCGGCAGAAGCAGGGCCGCCCAAUCCUCUAACGCUCUGGUACGAAAAGCCGGCGAAAACCGCGAUGGGGGAGGGGCUUCCUAUCGGUAAUGGCCGUAUGGGCGGUAUGAUCUUCGGCGGGACGGCGCAGGAGCGCAUUCAGUUCAAUGAAGACAGCCUCUGGACGGGUGACGAGAACCCCACCGGCGAUUACGGCACAAUGGGCAGCUACCAGGCGUUCGGCGAUGCGCAUCUGUCGCUGCCGGGACAUGAAACGCCGACGGCGUACCGGCGCUCUCUCAAUCUGCAUGAGGCGCUGGCCCAGGUUACCUACCAAGUGGGUGGCGUGACCUACCGGCGCGACUAUUUUGCCAGCCACCCCGAUCAGAUACUGGUUGUGCGUCUGACCGCUGACAGGCCGGGCGCAUACACCGGCACGGUUAAUUUGACCGAUAUGCACAGCGGGAACAUCACGAUAGAUGGCCCGCAAAUUAUCAGUCAGGGCGCGCUGCCCAAUGGCCUCCAAUACGAGGCGCAGCUGCGCGUUCUCCAUGAGGACGGCGCCGUCCAGGUGAGCGACGGUAAACUGGCCUUUGCCAAUUGCAGUAGCCUCACCCUGCUGCUGGCCUGCGGCACCAAUUAUGUCAUGGAAUAUCACCAAGGCUGGCAUGGCGCAAAUCCGCAUGAGCGGGUCUCCCGGCAGAUUAAGCAGGCGGCAGCAAAACCCUACCCGGCGCUGAAAUCGGCCCAUGUCAAAGAUUAUCAAUCGCUCUUUGAGCGCGUCACGCUGCGCUUAGGCGCGACGCCCGCCACCCGUCGAGCAUUGCCGACGGAUCAGCGCAAAGGGCUGGAUACAGGCGAUGACCCGGAAUUGGAAGCCCUUUUUUUCAAUAUGGGGCUGUGGAACGACAGCAACAACCAGGCAUGGAACUGCGAUUACCACGCCAACAUCAAUAUCCAGAUGAACUACUGGCCGGCAGAGGUAACCCAUCUUGCGGAGUGCCAUCUGCCGUUUCUAAAUCUCAUCACCAGCCAACUCGAACCCUGGCGCAAGGCUACCCAGGCGACGCCGGAGUACAAAUUGGCCUCUGGCGCGCCAGUUCGGGGCUGGGCGCUUCGCACCUCGCACAAUAUCUUCGGCGGCAUGGGCUGGAACUGGGACAAGACGGCUAAUGCCUGGUACUGCCGUCAUCUGUGGGAGCAUUACGCCUAUAGCGGCGAUAAGCCAUAUCUCCAGGCGGUCGCCUAUCCUAUUCUCAAAGAGACCUGCGAAUUUUGGGAAGACCAUCUGAAAACCUUGCCCGAUGGCCGCCUUGUCGUGCCGAACGGCUGGUCGCCCGAACAUGGCCCCACCGAGGAUGGCGUCAGCUACAAUCAGGAGAUCGUGUGGGAUCUCUUCCAUAACUACGUUCAGGCGGCGGACGCGCUGGGGGUGGACAAACCGUACCGUGACACGGUUGCGGCUAUGAAAGAGGCGCUGGCGAUCCCCAAAAUCGGACGCUGGGGGCAAUUGCAGGAGUGGAUGGAAGACAAGGAUGAUCCCAACGACCAUCACCGGCACACCUCGCACCUGUACGCGGUGUAUCCCGGUCAGCAGAUCAACCUCGUCAAAACGCCCGAACUCGCUUCGGCGGCGAAGAAAUCGUUACUGGCGCGUGGCGAUACGGGCGAUGCGCGCGAAUGGUCUUUUGCCUGGCGCACCGCGCUCUUCGCGCGCCUGCGCGAUGGCGACAAUGCCCACCGUCAGCUUCUGCAUUUGCUGACGACCGACGCGACGCUCCCCAACCUCAUUGGCAACCACCCGCCGCAGCAAUGGGAUGGCAAUUUCGGUAUUACGGCUGGUAUUACCGAACUCCUGCUGCAGAGUCACGAAGGAGAGAUCGCCCUCCUACCUGCCUUGCCAACGGCAUGGCAGACAGGCAGCGUCACCGGUCUGCGCGCACGGGGAGGCUUCACGGUGGACAUGAGGUGGUCAGCAGGCCAUCUCGCUUCGGCAGUGAUUCACAGCGCAACCGGGACGGCGUGCCGUGUGCGUCAUGGCAGCAAGGUGGUUGAAUUUGCGCUCAAGCCGGGAGCGAAAGCCCAUUUGGAUGCCGAUUUGCAAAAAUCGUAG